CCCUCCUGCCGCUGAUGCUCAGAAGUCCCACCGUCCUCGAACGCACCGCGCCAGGCGGGUUUUCCUCCUCCUUCAGGUGUGAGGGGGGAUCGAACCUGUGACCGUCGCCCCGCGGCUCAUUACCGUACAAACCUCCGAGGAACCACCGCACAGCUGCGGGCACUCAGGCCGGAAAGGAGCUGCUCCGUCCGCGGAUUGACAUUCUCGGGUUUUCCGUGUCGCUCGGUGCCGGAGCUCCGUGUUUACGGCGGCGGCCGCAGAGAGCGCGGAGAGCGCGGAGCAGGACGCUGAGGCCGCGGGGGAGCACCGGAGCACCGGAGCACCUGAGCACCGGAGGACCGGAGGACCGGAGCACCGGGGCACCGGGGCUUCUGUUGAAGGACCAACCGCGGUGAUACGACACAGACAGACGGGGUAGAGAAGCUCUCUCUGCCGCCCACAUCCACCUCCUCCACCGCCUCCUCCCUCCGCCUCCGAUGGGUUAAAGUCGGCUCGUUGUUCCAGAGACGCCUCGCGGAGCCUCGGAGCUUCACACCUGCUCAGGCCGACCCGCAGGGCCGGAGGAUGUAGAGACACCUGCCGCCUCCUGCAGCUCCCACCUCCGCGCAGUCUCUGCACCAUCACCCCUCCUCCCCCCUCCUCACCCCUCCUCCCCAUCCUCCCCCAUCAGCACCACUCUCCCUGCCGCCCACUGACCCCACCAUGCCGGCGGGGAUGAAGCCCCUGGAGAAGUUCCUGAAGAAGCAGACCACCGCGCUGACCCGGGCCGGGGGCUUCGUGGGCGGAGUGGGGGACAAGGCCAGCGGGGGAACCGGAGCGUCCCGGCGGAGGGCCAGUCUGUCCCGGGUCGUUCCCUUCUUCAGGGAGACGUCACCUGAGAGCGGCCAGGCUCGAGAGGUGUUCAGCCCUGACAGUGAGGACCCCCCCCCCUGGCCCUCAGCUAUCGGGACCGGCCCGGUCACGUUACCGAGCAGCGCUAACAGCUCUGGAUCUGGUUCUGGAGGAGGAGACGUCCGCAGUCCGUCUCUGUCCAGUGACGAGCAGAGUUCUGAGGCCAGUCUGAUCACAGAGGGCGGAGGCAGCAGCGGAGGAGGCGGGACUCCUCUUCACCCCGACACACCAGACAACCUGACCCUCACUGUGCUGGACAGCGUGGCGGGAAGACGUUACGGACACUGCACAGGUAUGAAAUCAGGUUCAAUGUCCUCCACU